AUGUUCAAAGCAACAGCACGUUCUUUGUACCAACUUAUUGGGAAGACAAGAUUGGGUGACCUUCCUCCCGAAUGGCAGGCUCCUGUCGGACAGGUCCUUGACGCUGAAGAAAAGAGUGACCCCAGGUUCAAGAAUGCUGAGAUCCGAGGCUCUAAGCCACAUGCUUCCCACGAUGAUCCGACCGACCCGAAAGAUGUUGUGUCCGUCCGUAUCAAGGAUGAUGGCCUGAAAACUUUCCGGAGACUGCACAUACAUCAAGAUGGCUCGGUCAAACGAAUUGAUGUUUAG